AUGCCGUCGGAUGUGGACCAAAGUCAAGUCAUGGUUCUCAUCGAAGAACGGGGGGCAGGAAACCACAAAUCAAGAGAAUCCGACGAACGAUGCCCCGAACUCACGCGAGCAGAAUCGAUACCCGGCGCAGGUCCCGAAUCCCGGAUCAGACGCGGCAACUCUUAG